CACAACUCUCAUUUCAAAUAUUUUCAACCAUCUCAACUGAAGCAAUCUCUACAAACCCGCACCAUCACGCAUACACCGAGUCAACCAUGCAAAAAUCCAUCGUCAUCCAAAACCUCUCCGAGCCAGCCAGCCUAGCUGGCCGACACAUCCCCUCCCCGGGCGACAACCAACUCCUACUCCAAGUAACGGCCACCUCACUAAACCCCGUGGACCAAAAAACCCGAGACGCAGGCCUAUUCUUCACCCAAGCCCCCCAAGUCCUCGGCCACGACAUCUCCGGCAAAGUACUCCAACUGGGCCCGCACGAACAAACCCCCAAAUUCCAACCCGGGGAUGUCAUCUUCGCCCACGCAAACCUCAUUCCAGGAGGAGUGAUGGACGACUACGGCGGCCUGCAACAAUACGCCAUCGUGGAUUCUCGCUUCGCGGCUAAGAUCGACGAAGCGGGGUUGACGGACGUCGAGGCAGUCACGAUCCCUGUAUGUGCAAUUGCGGCGUUUAUUGCUUUUUUCCAUAGUACUGGGUUUGGGUUGGCUGUUCUGGACGGUAUUACUCGAUCUAGAGAUGGUAGUAAGGCUAUUCUAGUUGUUGGUGGUGGGUCGAAUUGUGGACGGUUCGCGAUCCAAUUUGCCAAAUUGUGCGGGUUUGAACGGAUUGUAACUACUGCGUCGAUUGGGAGAGCUGAUGAGUUGAGAGAGUUAGGUGCGACGCAUGUGGUUGAUCGAUAUGGGAGUCGUGAGGUUGUUGUGAGUCAGGUUCGAGAUAUUGUGGGUGAUGAGUUGGUGUUUGCGAUUGAUACGAUGGGGCUUGGAUCGGAGCAGGAUGUUGGGGUGGCGGCGCUGUCGAAUUCGAAGAGAGGGUGUUUGAUUACUUUGAAUCCGGUUAGUGAGGUAGAGCCGGAGAAGGGGCUUGUUGGUGAGAAAUUGGCUGGGUUUGAUCGCCGAUUGACGAUUGGGUUGAGUGCUUUGUAUCCCGAGGUAUCCGGGGUGUUUUGGGAGCGUGUUGGGGAGUGGGUACGAGGGGGUCAUUUGAGGCCCUUGACUUGCCGUGUCUUUGAGGGAUUGAAUGUGGUCAAGGUUAAUGAGGUGCUGGAUGCUUACCGUGAUGGAUAUGGACAGAAGGUUGUUUUUCGGCCUUGA